AUGUUGUUUACUUAUGGAUUUUAUAAUGUUGAAAAUUAGAUUCCAUUUAAUGAUAAGGGUGGAUAACUCAAAUUAUCAAAUCAUUCCAGUCUAAUUGAUUGGAUAUAUUUCUUAUCUUAAUCAUCUCCAAACUUUGCAACAUUUGUAGAAAGUGGUGAUGAAAUUAGAUAUUCAAUUUUGACUAUAAAUUAAGUUAUUAAGACUUUAUUUUCAAUUAUUAUAACAUAAAAAGAACUGGUUUAUAUUUAAAUGAUGUAUUUUUAAAUAAACCAACUUUAUUAUUUUUUGAAGUAUAUUAAUUUAUAUAUAUAUUUAUAAUAGGGUUGUUAAACCAAUCAAUUGGGAUUCAAUCAAUUGGGAUUGUUAUCACCACCAAGAUAAAUGAUUUCUGAAUUACAAAAACUUGAAUAACCUAUUGUAAUUGAAAUUCUUAUUAUAGAACAUUUAUGUAUUAACAUAUCCAGAUAAAUCUUUUUUUACUCCUAUUAUUAUAAUUUAAAAAUUCUUGACUAAGAACUCUUAAAUCAUUUCAAAUAUUUGUUAACAUUAAUACAAAAUGCCAUAACUCAAAGGACUACUAAAAACCCAUUAGUAAUUUUUAUGA